AAAAAAUUUGUUCAUUUCCGAAUUUGUCAGAUAAAGAUUCUAUUAUUUGGCAAGUCGAAAGUUUACCACCUCGUAUAGGAAUUUUCUUGGGAAAAUGUUGAAAUCCAUAAAGAUGCUAUGGAUGCAUAUCAAAAAAUUAUGGUCGAUGUAAUAAAAAAAAGUAGAGUUGCCAUGCUUAGAUCAGAAGUCGUUUGGAUAGUCAAAUCAACAGAGCUGAUUAACUUUAUUGUUAAUCUUAUUGACCUUGAAGUGAAGUUUAAAAACAUUGUUUUAAAAACUUAUCAUAAUGAUGCAGAAAAAACUUUGAAUGAUACUUAUGAAAAGUUUAAAACAGAUUCUCUAAAAACAGUGUGUUGUUUGAAAAACAUUCGUGGAACGGUAAAUUGUCGACUUAAAAUGUCACACGGGAGUCCUAACAACAGCAGUGCAUUGCAAGUUCUGCUAGUCGACAUGAAUCAAGCAAACAAAAAGUGUGCUGAUAUAUUGAAUAAAUCAUAUACAGAAAUAGAAUUAAAAACAAUUGUUAGUGAAUACACAAAUAAAUUUCCCCUGGGUGUUUUAAAAGCUGCAACAUUGUCUUUUGAUUUGAAUACACUCCAAAAUAAAAUUAAGCAGAUAACAUAUAGAACGAGUUCUAUUAACCAAAUAUCAGAAUUCGAUAUUAAACAACACGAUGGCACUUCAUUUUCUUACACUGUAUCAACAGCUAAACAAAACCUGGUAAAGGCAAUAGAGAGUUUCAAACAAAACUCUAUGACAAAAUCUGGGAUUAUUGUCGUCAGACGGGAAAACAGCGAAUAUUGGAACAACAACGUUCAAAAAUUUUCUGAUCUACAUAUAAAACGUUUCGAAGACAUCAAAACAUUUUAUGCCGUUGAAAAGUCAAAAUUAAUAAACUGGGCUACUUGUUUCGUUCAAAAUGUAAAAGAAAUAAAGACAUUUUUCGAGUGCACUUGAUACAGCAUACAAUUUAUAUUUUUAUUUUUAAACGAAAUUAUAUUUU